UUCCGAUUCCGGUUCCUUUAUGUCUCACAAGAAAUCAAGAAUCCGAAAUGGCACAAAAAUUGGUCAGAUCCGAAAACGGGUCACUGUAGCAGCGUCGUAUGCCGGCUUCAAUCUCCUAACCAGCCAGCGUCCCUCAAAUUGCCCGAUUUCUUUGCCGGAGAGGGAUAUUGCGAAACGCACGAACUAACGACGAAUGUCAAAGAAGAAAGUUUGCUGCAGUUGGCGGCGAUUCCUUUUAUGCCUGCCUCUUGUGUUCUUACUGCAUCAUCUUGUUUCAGUUUGGCGAUUGCAGAAACAUCAACCGAAGUCUGAGGAAGAAAUGUAUAGUGUUCAGGGGCCGAAUAAGUUGAAGAACAAGAAAUUUGAUCAUCUAAUUCUUGGACCAGCUGCAGGUCAAGGUUUUCACGACCGCCUGCAUUGCCAAGGUAACAAGGCUCUCAACAUAACACACUUCAAUUCAGGAAAUUCAAAUUUUAGGGACGACGUUUCCUUGAUUACUGUAUUUGCGACUUAUGACAAUCCUCUUGACAGUCAGAGUAAUGACAAAUGGGUUACUGUUGGGAAUGUUUCUUACACUAAGUUGGAAAGGUCACUGGCCAUCUUAAAUGUUUUUAUUAACUUCAUUCAGGUGUCAAUGCCUCAAAGUAGCAUAGUCAUUCUUACUGAUCCAUCAUCUGAACUUCCAGUAAACAGAAACCGGGUUUUCAUUCAUCCCAUUCAAGGUGAAUAUUCACGAGACAAGUUGAUGCUUCAAAGAAUCAGGUCCUACAUUUUCUUCCUUGAAACAAGAUAUGAGGAGCAGUCUAGGGGAAAGGGGAAAGUUGAUCACUAUAUUUUCACGGACUCAGAUUUAGCAGUUGUCGAUAAUCUAGGACAGAUUUUUCACGACUACCCUGACUUUGAUCUUGCUCUUACCUUCCGUAACAACAAAGAGCAACCUCUAAAUUCGGGAUUUAUUGCAGUACGUGGCACUCCAGAUGGAAUUUUGAGACCCUCAACUCAGAAAUGCAUUCUUCAGUUGCCCCUUUCAUCGUCAUCAGCAGCGGCAUAAUGAUCCCAAUUAGUUGGGGACGGUGGCAUAAAAUAUCUAGUGCCAGUUGAUUGUCAAAAAUUAGUUAACACAGAGUACUUAAUACAUUAAGUUCAUGCAAAAUAACAGUGGCAAAGUUUUACAUGGGAUAGUCUUUUUAUGCAGGUCUAAACUUUUCUUACAGCAAGUCCUUGAAGUCUAUAGUACACGGUAUCUGAAAGCUUCCAGAAUGCUUGGAGAUCAAUUAGCCCUAGCUUGGGUGGUUGUGAAGUCAAACCCUUCAUUUGAUGCCAAAAGAUUUACUAGCAGACAGCCAUUUCUAGAUAAAAUUAAUGGUGCAUCAGUUUUAUUUCUACCAUGUGCCUUGUACAAUUGGACCCCACCUGAGGGUGCUGGUCAGUUCCAUGGGAUGCCUCUAAAUGUUAAGGUUAUCCAUUUCAAGGGGUCAAGAAAACGACUUAUGCUCGAGUCAUGGAACUUUUUUAAUUCAUCGUCAUUGACAUCAUCUCAGAAACUGUCUGAUAUGCUUUGCCUCAUAUUAAGAAGCGGGAGAACUAAAUAUGAUUUCUAAGUUUGUUUUUUCUUUUUCUUGUGGUUUUUGGUCAGAGUCAAAUGGCAAUUGUGUACGGCAUAUGUGUAAAUUCCUGUCUUGUUUGUCCGUUGUUUGGAAAACCAGCAAAUGCAGCUAGUCUUUACCGGAUUCCUCAGGCAUCUUUUGCCCCUUCAUAUGAUUAGUCUUUGUUAGUGCCCAAUGAUAUAUGUUUCCGUAUAAAUUGAUUUCUAUUCGAGCAUUCGACUCAAACAGAAAACAAAACUUUUUG